UUCCACCAUCAAAAAACCACACACACAACACAAACCUUAACCCACACUGUUCCCACACCAAAAUUCAACCAUGUCGGUGAAGUUGUUCGCUUCGCUCUCUCUUGCCGUGUGGCUCUUCACGGCCACAUCAACACUGUCCCAAUCCAACCUCUACGUGCUGGACACACACGGCGACCCUCUGGAAACCGACGAGGAGUACUUCAUCCGACCAGCCAUAACAGACAACGGUGGCCGUUUCACCCUGAUCAACAGGAACCAAUCCUGCCCUCUCUACGUUGGCCUCGAAAACACCGACCUCCCACAGGGAUACCCUGUGAGAUUCACCCCUUUUGCCAACGACGACGACGAUGAUGAAGUGAAGGUGAACCGCGACCUGAAAGUGGAGUUCGUUGAGGUUUCUUCCACGUGUGUGCAAUCCACCGAGUGGAAGCUGGGUGAGAAUGACACCAGCAUUGGAAGAAGGGUGAUCAUCACUGGUCGUGAUGACGGAACACGAAAUGCUGGAAACUAUUUCAGAAUCGAGGAAACAGAGAAUGCGAGUAUCUAUAACAUUGGGUGGUGCCCCACUGAGGUGUGCCCCACUUGCAGGUUCAUUUGUGGUACUGGUGGGAUUGUUCGUGAGAAUGGGCAGAUUUUGUUUGCUUUGGACGGUUCUCCUCUCCCUGUUGUGUUCCAGAAAAAGGAUGAUUGAAUAUUCUGUUUGUUCAUGUGAUUCCAGAUGAUAUUUACAUGUAUAUUGGAUGAAAUAAAGAUACUCAUUUCUUUAGUAUU